GAUUUGUGAAUUUUAAUUCUGUUUCUUCUCAUCUGCUAAUAAUCUUCUCUGAUUUUCUGCUUUCUUUUUUGGUUGACAGUUCUGUGAUUGGUGAGCUUUGGUUACCCUAACUCAAGCGUCAUAUUAUCGAAAUGAAGUACAAAAGCAAGGGAAGGAGACUAAGGUGAGGAUUGAAGGCCAGCGCCGACUCUGUAAGGUUCGAUUGACCGCUGAUGACGACGGCGACGAUGCGCCGAGUUUCUCUUGAGGUUGAAGACAGAGAUGUGGUGAGUUUGUCAGAAGUUGCUGAUUUUGAGUCACUGCCGCAGAAGCCACAGAGUAGUGAGGCCGAGAGAGGAGGAGACGGCGGCGGAAAUGAGAUUAGGGGGAUUUUAGACGACUUGAGCUCCAGGCUUGGGUUUUUGUCUAUUGAGAAGAGAGGCGCCAGGAAAUCUAUUAAGGCUGAAGAUUCCGGAGAUUAUAAAGAUGCGGUGCCGCCGUUUUUGAUUGUUUCCGACUUGUCUGAUUCGUCUGCUGAGACCGCUACGAUUGGUAGGAAGGGAGUCGAGAGUAGUGUGGUAGAUGAGGUUGAAGAGAUAAGUUGUUUUCGAGGUGAUGAUGAUGAUGACAGUGUUUGUAAGGUUGUGAGGGCUAAGAAGACGGAGAAAGAAGCUGGGAGGCGAGGCGGAAGCUACAGGGAAUACUAUGAUUGUGAUGAGGAUAGUGAGGUUGAUGAGUCUCGAGUUGAGUCUGUUCCAAAGGAUGAUGGUUCUAUCACUCUGAGUGGUCUGACAUAUACUAACAAGCUACCAGGGAAGAUUGCGACGAUGUUGUUUCCGCAUCAGUGCGAGGGGUUGAUGCUCUGGGCGCUGCAUUGCCAGGGGAAGGGUGGAAUCUUAGGAGAUGACAUGGGACUGGGUAAAACAAUGCAGUCUGGUAUUGUUUUGUCAACUCUGGUUGAUGUUAUAUUGCGGAUUUGUGGCUAUUUGGCUGGAUUGUUUCAUUCACGCUUGAUCAAAAGGGCAAUGGCUGUGGCUCCUAAAACACUACUUUCUCAUUGGAUUAAAGAGCUAACAGCUGUGGGCCUCUCUGACAAGAUAAGAGAAUACUAUGGGACCUGUUGUUCAACCAUCCGUAUGAUAUAUGACAAAGGCAUUCUUCUGACAACAUAUGAUAUAGUCCGAGUCAACUCAAAAUCUCUAAAAGGCAGUGAUUAUAUUCUCGUUGAUGGAAGUGAGGAUAUGAUUUGGGAUGAUAUGAUACUGGAUGAGAUUGGUAGUCAUUCUUAUCUCAACCUCUGCCUCGCACAUCAGCACAGACACAGUAGCUCACAAUAUCCCCACAUUACUGAUAGUGAAAGUGUGGAUCAUGCAUAUCGAAUUGGGCAGAAUAAGGAUGUCAUUGUAUAUAGAUUAAUGACUUGCGCAACUGUUGAAGAAAAGAUAUACAGAAAACAGAUUUUCAAAGGAGGAUUGUUUAGAACUGCAACUGAGGAGAAAGAGCAGAUUCGGUACUUUAGUCAACAGGAUCUUCAUGAACUUGUCAGUCUCCCACAACAAGGUUUUGAUGUUUCCCUUACUCAAAAGCAGUUAAAUGAGGAGCAUGAUCAACAGCACACAAUCGAAGAGUCUUUACAAUCCCAUAUAGAGUUCUUGGAAACUCAAGGGAUAGCUGGUGUCAGUCACCACAGUUUGCUGUUCUCCAAGACAGUACCACCUCUGCCAGAGGUAGACGCCGAACAGGAGGAAGUUGAAAGGAUUAGACGAACUUUACAUGCAGGAACCUCAACUUCUAGUUCGGCACUUGAACGUAAUGUAAAUGGGGCGCAAUAUGCUUUCAAGCCUAAGGACGUGAUCCUAAACAAGAGGGAUUCUUCUUCACCAGUAGAUUCAGGAAAAAUGACAAAAUCAGAGAUCAAAAAGAAAAUCAGAGAUCAAAAAGAAAAUCAUAAUUUCUCAAUUAUGUUCUUUCUGUUAUUAUUGAUCCGCGAUUGCUAUUUAAUUACCCUGCAGGCUUUAGUUUCAACAUUACCUGAUAAGGGACAAAAACCAGAGAGGCACAUUUCUGAAUUGAAUGCUGAGCUUCGUAGAGUUGAGAGUGAUGUUAUCAACUUGGAUGAUGUAACUGAGGUGCUUAAAGGAGUGGCAAUAUAAGACCUUUCACGUUGGUGGAGAAGGAAACAAAUGCAUGGGAAAUGUUAGGCGCGCUGUUGUCAUUAUAAUUUUUGGUCGAAACUGUGAAUCGAAACUAUAAUGCUGUAUAUUGAAUCAGCGUGCUAGCGUAGCCUCACUACGGAGCAGUGAGCAUUUUGUUCUCUGGCCAUGUAUGUUGAACUUAAAACCAUUUAGCAAGAAGUCUUAUUUUGAAAGCCA